AAAAUCAAGAAUACCAGUCGCGCCUUUAUUCUGACCUAAAAUUCCAUCCUCUCCGGUGUCCGGUCUCCGCGAGCUCUCACGCGCUCCUGUCCUGGGCUCGCCUCCACCCAACUCGUCCUCUUCUCUUGUCGUCGCCCUCGCCCUCCCCUCUACCGGGGGGGCGCAUGAGCUAGUGUGGACUGGAAUUCGAUCCAUCUGCUGGACCUGGAUUGAUUUCUUCUUUCCCUGAGACAUCGGAGGAUGUCGACUCCGGCGAGGAAGCGGUUGAUGAGGGAUUUCAAACGGUUGAUGCAGGAUCCUCCGGCCGGCAUAAGUGGCGCUCCGCAGGAUAACAACAUACUGCUAUGGAAUGCUGUUAUCUUUGGCCCAGACGAUACUCCAUGGGAUGGAGGUACGUUCAAGCUGACUCUCCAGUUUACUGAAGAAUAUCCAAACAAGCCACCAACUGUGCGGUUUGUUUCUCGGAUGUUUCAUCCUAACAUUUAUGCUGAUGGGAGCAUAUGCUUGGAUAUCCUGCAGAAUCAGUGGAGCCCAAUAUAUGAUGUAGCUGCUAUACUUACGUCCAUCCAGUCGUUGCUGUGUGAUCCAAACCCGAAUUCGCCUGCAAACUCCGAAGCUGCCCGCAUGUUCAGCGAGAACAAGCGUGAGUACAACCGCAAAGUGCGGGGAGUUGUGGAGCAGAGCUGGACGGCAGACUGAUGCAUUGCAUUGCGCAGCUUGUCACUGCUUCCUUGUGCCCUACCCAUACCAAAAUGCCUGCAUUUGUGUAACUAAAAUAGCCGAAUUCAGCUGUGACUGAUGUUCUCCUGUAUGAGCUUUGCCAUGCUUCUCUCUAUCUUUGCUGGGCCGAUGGAGAUUGUGCCGUCAUGACUUUUACCCUAUGCUGGAUCUUGGAUACAAACCAAAUUAAUCUACCAUCAUGCUGAUAUUUUAUAAUUUUAUAUGAACUUC